AUGGUUCAUCCCAAAGCUGAAAAAGCACUCCAGGAGGCCAAAAAGCUCGUGGCGCAACUCGAAUCAUACAAUGAUGAUCUCGUAACUCACCAACGCGUCCUUGACCAGACAGAGGCUGUUCGCUUAGCCAUACAGUCUCCUAUGGACCGAAUGACACAUCUGAUGGAGCAAGUCAGCUUCGCCGGUGCAUUUCAUACCAUAAUUGGGAUUAGAGCUUACCAUGCCAUGCCAGAGGAUGGCAGUUCUAUUACUGCAGAAGAGUUGGGACGAAUUACAAAUGUGGCCACGACGGUAAUCGAAAGAACUUAUCGGGUCGCCAUCAACCAUGGUGUUUUUACUGAGACCGCGCCUGAUACUUACUCUCACAAUGACUUAUCACGAAUUCUAAACCCCAGAGGCUUGGGGUCUUUCUUUCUUAUUGUUAUUAUUGAGUUUGGUCGUGCAUUCAUACAUCUGGCUGACUACUGCAAAUCACACCAACCAGAAGACGUCUUCAACUUGGUCAAGUCCCCUGCGGUGUAUUCAGUUGGAAAAGAACACCUCGGCAAAUCUUACUAUGAGCUGUUGGAUAUGGACCCUGACCCUGAGCGUCGGGAGAUCUGGAAUGCCAAUAUGGUAGCUGCUGACGAGUUGAUGCCUGUUGUUGGCAUGUUCCCGUUCAGUUCUUUGAAGGAAGAAGUUGAGCAGGAUCCCAAUCGACCAUUCUUGGUUGAUAUUGGUGCGGGUCGUGGACAAUCGUGCAUUGCUAUUCGCAAGGACAUCGGCGACGCCUUUGAUGCCAAGUAUAUCGUACAAGACCUCCCUGGCGUCAUCGAUGCCAUGGACCCGAAGGAGUAUCCAGAGUUUGAGCUGAUGACUUACGAUGCAUCGACACCCCAGCCUAUUAAAAUAAAGGAGCGGGAGAAUGCCGAUCUCUAUUGGCUUGACUUUGCUCUUCUUUGCAUGACGGGCCAGGAGAAGAAGAGAUCCGAGUUUGAGGAGAUUUUUGAGGCGGCUGGUCUUGAACUUGUCAAUAUUUAUCCUUCUGCGUACGGAUGUACAGCUAUGCUGGAGGCAAGACUCAAGCGAACUAGGUAG